AUUGAAGAUAUUUCCUCCCUGAGGCAUUCGUGCCCGGUGCAGAGACUAAGUCUCUGUUUUACGCUCUGGAGGCAUCAGAUUAGUCUGGUCGCCAUCACUGAGGGCCAUUAUUCCUGCCUGUAUCCCAGUGGCAUUCAAUUGCCGUUACCAAGGGCUGUCUUUCAAAGACGUCGAGCACGCCGAGCGACACCGAAAGGGUAGAAAAGCUUCAAGGAAUCAAGAGUCCAAAGAGCAGGGAAUUUCUUGGUGAGAUCUGAGAAAUCUUCCUCCUCUAUAUUGGCUCCUGUAGCUUGUUUGGAGUAGUAGCGACGUGCUAAGAUCAUGAUCAUCCUGGGAAAAGUCGCAGGUGUUAGCACGUAUUUAUAGGAAUCGUUGCAUUUACUUAAGAAUCCCGAAUACGGACCGGCCUACUUAAUAAUUUUUGAAGCAUAACAAACAUAACCUUUAAUUCAGUGCUAGCUGUUUUUUGUUUUCAGUUUUGAAUAUUUGCAAAAUUUCACAAAAUCCUUUAAAUAAAAAUGAUUUCGAUUGCCCGACUCUUGAGGAGUGCUGUGAGGAGUACAAAUACAGUGAGAUAUGCAGCAAAAUGGAGCCCCGAUCCGGAAUUCAUGAAGCAGUUCGAAGGACCAGUGAUGUAUCCUGAAUUAUCUGAUUUUACCACAAAGUGGAAGCCCACAUGGAAUGCCAAACUCGCUCCAACAGUUGAGAAAUCCAUCAAGAAUAUCCACAUCAAUUUUGGGCCACAGCAUCCGGCAGCACAUGGAGUUCUGCGGUUGAUCCUUGAGCUCGAGGGGGAAGUUGUUGUUCGGGCAGAUGCUCACAUUGGCCUCCUGCACAGGGGCACGGAGAAACUCAUUGAGUAUAAGACUUAUCUGCAGGCUCUGCCCUACUUCGAUCGCCUGGACUAUGUUUCGAUGAUGUGCAAUGAGCAAUGCUUUUCCAUAGCUGUGGAGAAACUCCUGAACAUAGAGGUUCCCUUGAGGGCCAAAUACAUUCGGACUCUCUUUGCAGAACUCACGAGGAUUCUUAAUCAUAUAAUGGGCGUUGCAACCCAUGCUCUUGACAUUGGGGCUCUAACACCGCUUUUCUGGCUCUUUGAGGAACGUGAGAAGAUCAUGGAGUUCUAUGAACGUGUUUCCGGAGCCCGGAUGCAUGCUGCUUACGUUCGUCCUGGAGGCGUGGCCCAGGAUCUUCCUUUGGGUCUUAUGGAUGAUAUUUACGAAUUUGCGAGUAAAUUUUCCGAACGUCUCGAUGAAGUUGAAGAUUUGCUGACGACAAAUCGUAUCUGGCGUGCCCGGACAGAGGGCAUUGGAGUGAUAUCUGCAGAAGAUGCCCUUAAUUACGGCUUCAGUGGGGUUAUGUUGAGAGGAUCUGGGAUCAAAUGGGACCUGCGAAAGGCACAGCCCUACGAUGCUUACGAAUUUGUAGAUUUUGAUGUUCCAAUCGGAAUUCACGGAGACUGCUAUGACAGAUACCUCUGUCGCAUGGAAGAAAUGCGUCAGUCGCUGAAUAUCAUCCAUCAAUGUCUCAAUCAAAUGCCUCCUGGGGAGAUUUCGGUGGAUGAUGCCAAAGUUGUUCCACCUUCGCGAGCAGAAAUGAAAACUUCAAUGGAGGCUCUCAUUCAUCAUUUUAAACUCUUCUCUCAGGGUGUGCAGGUUCCUCCAGGAACCACUUAUACAGCAGUAGAAGCGCCCAAAGGUGAGUUUGGAGUUUAUCUAGUGUCUGAUGGAUCCAGUCGUCCGUAUAGAUGCAAAAUCAGGGCUCCCGGAUUUGCACAUUUGGCUGCAAUAGACAAAUUGGGCAGAAGGCUCCUACUUGCAGACAUUGUAGCCAUCAUUGGCACUUUGGACGUAGUGUUUGGAGAAAUCGAUCGCUAAGACCGAGGAAGACGACGUAAUUUGUUAUAAAAUUUUUAAUUAUAUUGAUUUCCCUUUAGAAUUUCCAAUGAAAUGUACCGAAAAUGACUCAAAUUGAUAUAGUUCAUAGAGUUUUAGUUUAGCAAAAUAAAACAAGUGCUAUUUACUUAUCUUUAAAUUCAUAUUUAUCGGAAAUCUCCAAAAAAGACUGGAUUGAUUAAAAUUAUGAGAUUCGAAAACAAAAUUUUAUUAAUAAAACUAGUUCAAAAUUGCUUUGGAGUAUUAAAGAAUAGUAUUUAUUUAAUUUAAAGAACUUACUUAAAAAAAAACUUAGAAAACAAGUGGCAUUAAUCCAAUAUUUCAAGUUUAAUAAAAACAUUCCAUAAA